AAAUGAUUUAUUCUUCCAAAAUAGGUACAAACCAUAAAUUCAUCAAUAUCGUAAAUAGGAGAAGUAAAGUUUGUUUAGAAAAUUGGAAAUAUUUUCUUAUGCCAUGUUUGGUGGUAUCGGCUGUUUUUUUUUUAUUGCACGACACCAAUAAAACUAAUGAUUUCCCAUCAAAAACUGUUAGGCCUAUACUAAAAUACAAUUUAAUGGAAGAAACGAAAAAUCGUCUUGAAGAGACGGAAUGCACACUAGAAUAUGCCAACGUUCAACGGUUACAACAAGAUCACCCAUGCGUUCUUGAGCUUAUCCGGAAGACUUAUUUUCAUAAACCCUUCCCCCCGGACAUCCCGUUAAAUCUGCAGAAUAUUCCAAAGACCAACGAUCCAUCAGCUGGUCAAGCUACAGCCGUAAUGAGGUUAUUGGGGAAUCAAAGCAAUGGCUUUUUUGUUGAAUGUGGUGCAUCAGACGGAGAAUUUCUUUCAAAUACUCUCUACAUGGAACGAUUCAAAAACUGGACGGGAAUUUUGAUAGAGCCAGAUUAUGCAUCAUACCAAUCUUUAUUGACUCGCAAAAGGAAAGCAUGGUCAAGCAAUACUUGCCUCAGCAUAAAGCCCUUUCCAACAAAGGUUUAUUUUAAAUCUGGUUUUGCAACUGGAAGCAUCCAAGAAAUUGCACCACAAUUUGGAAACACGUCAUUCAUAACUGUCCAGUGUUUUCCAUUUUAUUCCUUCCUACAAGCGUACAGGCAAACGUCAGUGGAUUUUUUCAGUCUUGACGUUGAAGGAUAUGAACUUGAAGUCCUCAAGACCAUUCCUUGGCAUAAAGUCAAUAUUAAGAUAAUAGUAGUGGAAUGGGAACACGUCAAAGAUGGUGAAGACGCAAUUAUACAUUUCAUGGAAGACAACGGAUUUAUUAAUUUUGGCAAGAUUUCUACCCCAUAUGCACGCGACAUUGUUUUUGUUAAGGAUUUUUUACGGUUUGUCUCUUAA